AAAUAUUUUAGGAAAGGAAGCAAUCGCGGUCUUUCAUUUUAUUUUGAUCUCCUAACGUUCUAUUCUACCAUCUUACAGCCCUUAUUUGGGAAAAAACGGAGAAAAUGUCCGCUCUCACUCUACCAGGUUGGCAGCCUUCCUGCUUCUUGUCACUUGUCGCCUUUGGUCUCACCCUCUACAGCAAACUUGCCCCAAACAGUCGCGUACCAAUGAUAGAAGACACCUCAGAGGUCGGAAGUGAGUAUGAUUUCGUCAUCAUUGGAGGCGGCUCAGCAGGGGCUGUGUUGGCGAAUAGGCUCUCCGAGACACGUGAGGCCACGGUACUGGUGCUGGAAGCGGGUGGCCAAGAAUCAGAUCUGUCCCGGAUUCCACUCCUGGCUCCCUCAUUGCAGAACACGGACCUCGAUUGGCAGUACCGAACAGAGCCGUCUGACGAGCAUCACCGUUACUGCUUAGCCAUGACCAACAAUAGCUGCAAAUGGCCUCGUGGAAAGGUUCUGGGCGGUUCGAGUGUGCUGAACUUCAUGCUAUAUGUGCGCGGGAACAAGAACGACUACGACCUCUGGGAGCAGAUGGGUAACCCUGGGUGGGGCUACGAGGAGGUCCUCAAGUACUUCCUCAAAUCCGAGAAUAACUCCAACGCUGAACUCACCCGGACGCCCUACCACGCCUCCGGGGGCUUGCUCAGCGUCCAGGACAUCCCUUGGACAUCGCCCUUGGUGGAAACCUUCUUAGAGGCUGGCGAGCACCUCGGCUAUCGCACCGGUGACAUCAACGGGGAGACCCAAGAGGGCUUCGUCAUCCCCCAGGGCACCAUCCGCGACGGAUCUAGAUUCAGCACGGCCAGGGCUUUCCUCGUUCCCGCGCGAAUACGCCCCAAUAUGGACAUCUCAAUGCGCAGCCACGUCACCAAGAUAGGUUUUGAGGGAGGCGAAAGUCCCAAAGCAAGCUCCGUGUCUUUCACGAAGAACGGUCGAGAGUACACGGUGCGAGCCAAAAGGGAAGUGAUCCUAUCCGCGGGCUCGGUCAGCUCGCCCCAGAUCCUCAUGCUGUCCGGCAUCGGGCCGAAGGAUCAUCUGGAGUCCCUCGGGAUCGAGGUCGUCAAAGACCUCCCGGUGGGUCUGAACCUACAGGACCAUCUGAGCGUCGGCACGUUGACCUUCCGAGCGGACGAAAACGUGACCAUAACCCCCUCGGUGGCUUUCACCCCCGAAGCGCUGAUGGAAUACCUGACAGCGGGAUCUGGGCCCCUAACCUCGUUAGGCGCCUGCGAGGGGCUCGCCUUCGUCUCCACGAAAUACGCCGGCAAAUGGCCGGACAUCGAGUUUCACCUCGUCCCGUCGAGUAUGUACGUCACAGACACCAAGCCGAUCGGAAACAGGAUGUAUAAUUUACGCACCGAUCUUUACAACGGCACCGAAUUCGAGAAACUGAGUGGCUACCUGUUUACGAUCUACCCGCUUCUGUUACGCCCGAAGAGUAGAGGGCAAAUCCGACUUCGGAGCAGUGACCCGUUCGCGCACCCGAUCAUCGAGCCCAACUACCUCGCCGAGCGGGAGGACGCUGACGUUCUCGUCGACGGGAUGAAGAUAGCGCUGCGGUUGAUGGAGACGCCGCCUUUCAGGAAGUUGAACGCGCGGCCUUUGGCGAUUCCGUUCCCGGGCUGCGAGGACCACGAGCUUUUCUCGAACGAAUAUCUCGAGUGUUGCAUCCGGCAUUUUACGGUGACGUUCUACCACCCGACGUCGACUUGCUCGAUGGGCAAAGUGGUCGAUCAUCGGCUCAAGGUCAUCGGGGUCGAGGGGUUGAGGGUCGUCGAUGCUAGCGUCAUGCCGACUGUCGUCAGCGGGAACACCAACGCGCCGACGAUAAUGAUCGCAGAGAAGGGGGCAGAUAUGAUCAAAGAGGACUGUAAAGGGUACUGCUAAGAUUUGAGGUUGAAUCGUUCUUAAAGUGUCGACUUACAGCCAAAAUGGUCCUCAAGUGGACUAUUUCUGCCGAGAACCAGAGACAUCGAUCGAGAUCGUAUUGGAACCAGAGACAGGUGGGAAAGAGGGAUUGUGGUCGUUAGUUGAGGGCCGUAAGAAUGGAUGGGAAUAAUAAAGCGCCAGUGACGUCAGCGGCGACGACCGUGCUCGACGUGCUCAAAAAUGCCGUAUUAACUCAUGUGCCCUGUUCACUACGCUCUUGUCAUAUAGCCAAGGCUCAUAAGUACCGCAUACAGGAGGCGCUUGGUUGUCGCCGUUUAUUUUUCAUUUUGGGUUUACUUUUAUUUUU